AUGGUCACCAACUCUGUACGCCACUCCCCAGACUUGUCGCCUCACAGUGCCAUGUUCAAGGAGAUCAUCACGGUUGAUGAGUUGAGGCAGUUCAAGCCUGCUUCAGCAGUGUAUGCCCAUCUUGCCCAGAAGAUGGGAAAAUCGCUCUCCUCACAGACGGCGGACCUAUGGCUGGUCAGUGGAAACCCAUUCGACGUGAUUGGUGCUAGGAGUUGUGCCAACUGCCGUGAUUCAUGA